CUGUGUUAUUUUGUCUGAUUUGAAUUUGUCUGAAAUAACUUGGGUUAUACAUGCAGAGUUCAUGCAUGUCAGAUCUCAGAGUUGCUGUCAUUAACAGGUUUUGUUUGGGGACAGGAAUGUGUUGCCUUAAAUCCCAGAUAAAGACAACAGCGCUAGGUUAAAAGCAGUAUUUGUACAGGGUGAGAAGGUUUUACAUGUGACAGGGAAGGACAAUAAAGGCAACACUAAAGCAAAACUAAGUUUGCAGUGAGAGAGGGAACAUUUUUUGUAUUGUCCUAUCUUUGCAACAAUUAACACUGCCUUGUAUAUGAUAUUUUUUAAAAGUGGGUAAAAUUUUGAAUCAUCACUUAAAGAAAAUCAAUCUUAAACCUUCUGUGCAGUGUGACCACCAGUUGAGCAAAACAGUUGACAAAUCAGUUUAUUCAUUUACACUUAUAACAGAAUAUGUCCAAAGGCCUCACCCACAAGCAUUAACUCAGGGAGGUGAUUAUUACUUGGGUGAUGAAUUAACCCUGAGUCACUCAUUUUUAUUUUUUUUUUAUUCCCCCCCUAAAAUAUGAUUUAAUCAUGCUGCUUUUUAAAUAUAUACAUUGCAGGCUGUUUGCUGAAAUAGUAUUGUUUCUUUUUCCAGAUGUUAAAUAUACUGCCAGUAUUUGUUAAUACUUUAAAUUAUACUGGUAGAUGCUUUUAUGUUGCGUUAGCCCAAUACAGCUUUGUACUUGGGUCUUUCCCCUACUUGCUCUGUGUGAAGUUGUUCAUGUGAAUGAGUCUUUUCAGGAUUUGGACCUGAAACCAUGGUGCUGAGUUACUUUCCUCUUUGAGCUUGGAAAAUAUGGAUAAGUGCCUAUGACACUGUAUGGGAAUGUAGCGGAAGAUUAGCAAGGAGGCACUUGUUCACUUGCAAUGGGAGUCAAAAUAGAUUCUGCUAAAAGGAAAAUAAUAAAUACAAGGAAAAAAAUCAGACUGCUUGCAUAUUGAGAUGGACCUGAGGUGGAAUCCUGGCAGAGUUUCUUGUCCAGCCUCAACUGCAGUCUGGGUGGCUGAUUGGAGUUGGCGUGGCAACCUAAAUCCCAGUCCAUUGAUUAAAGGUGACGAAGAGCUACUUAUGGAUGAAUACCUUUCACCCAGUAAACUGAAAGUUUUGACAGGGGUAGAUGAUCUGCAGCAAGUGAAGAUCCUAGAGAUGCAAGUAGAUACAAGAGAGAACAGCUUGGGAAACUUUGGUGUCUAUCUACCUAAUUUGAGAGAACUGAAGUUGAACAAUAGCUUGCUUGUGUCUGUAAGGGAUCUUGGAACCACCUUGUCCCAUCUCCACAUCCUGUGGAUGGCUCACUGUGGGCUCUCAGAUUUAGAUGGCAUCUCUUCCUGCAGCUGUCUAAAAGAACUCUACCUAGCCUAUAACAAUAUCUCUGACCUGAGCCAGCUGACCUGGUUGGAUCAUCUUGAGGUUUUGGACCUGGAAGGGAAUGAUAUUGAGGACAUCAACCAGAUGCAGUAUCUGGGACUUUGUUGCAAGCUGAGCCACCUGACAGUUGAGGGCAACCUUAUUUGUCUAAAGCCAAAUGCAGAAUCUGAAGAGGAGCCAGAUUAUAAUUACAGAGCUGAAGUAAAAAAAUUCAUUCCCCACUUGGAGUAUUUGGACAAAAUACCAGCAAGUGAGACUGUUCUCCUUCCUUCCAAGAAGAUGCAUGAAGAUUGGCUAAUUAUCAAGGAAUCCAUGAAGGAAGGUGGUUUAGCUGGAGAAAUUUCAUGGUUAGAUCCAUAUCUUGGGGCAGUAGCAAGGCAAUCUGGAUGUGGCCCAAGACCCUCGACAACUUCCAGACCUAGAACUGCACGGUGGUCUGCUGAUGCAGGGAGAUCUAGCAAUGCCUACCCAUUGUACGGUAGCUGUCCUAUUCUUUCUGAUGAGCUGUUCCCAGAUGACUCCAGUGAUUUGACACAUGGAUUCAGUCAAGUUAUGUGUGGAAACCCCACCAAGGCCCUUUGUGCAAGGAGGCAAAAGCUAGGUGCACCUGCAGUGAGCCCUUUGAAACUCUGCAGUCUAAAGACAGAGAAUCCUUAUGGCUCUGGAGGAGGAGGAGAAGAUCUGCACCAGGAAGAUGUGUUCUCUGAGCUGAGAGUACAAAGAGAACAGCACAAGUGCUGCCUGGAAACAGAUCAGCAAGAGAAAGCUACCCAAGCACUGAAGGUCACUCUUAGUGAUGAGAAAGAAGGUGAAGACUGCAGCCUGACUGACAGUUGUGAAGAUGAGUUGAGGGAGACCAGUGAUGAAGACCUCAUUGGAAGGAUUUCUGUUGAUUCUUCUUGCCACUCCUGUCUCUCUGAGUCUUCCUCAGGUUCAUCACAGGCUCAGGAAGGUGCAGUGUUCUCCAGCCCGAACCAUUGUCUAAUUCCAACCCCUCCAAAAAGCCCUCCACCUGUAACGGGUGUUGCAGCAAGACCCUGGAAAACGAGGAAGCACCGGAUAAGAUACCUAAAAAUACCCAACCAAGAGGAAGACACACAGUGGACACAGCAAUGCCAGUCAAGGAGUCAUCAAGAAACUUCAGCCCAGCCUCUGGGCAAGGAACUUGCUCUCCUAAACCAACAUGGUGUGCCAGCUGCCUCCAGAUCGCGAGGGCAGUGCCAGCCUGCUGGGAGCACCAGCCAGCAAAGGCCUAUUUCAGAUCCAGCAGCUCUUGGAUCGACAAGUUUCAGGCCCAUCAUGGAUAAGAGCCCUUCUGGAGAGAUCAACCACCACCAGCCAGCUGUCAACUCAUCAACAAGAGCCUCCAAGAGAUUUGGGCUGAUGAAUGCUGCUUGGCCCCUGACUGCCAGGGCCACGCUGCAGUCACUGCUAGACAGACCAGUUGUCUCAAUAACAUCUCAGAACAAAAGUCCCCAGUCCUAGAAGGUACCCAGGUGGCAGCGUGUGCUGAAGCCAUGUACACAGCACAGUCUUGAAAGAUCAGUGCUAUCUUUCAGCUUCUUCUGCAAGCUAAAUGCAGAGCUGUGCAAGUAGAGAAGUUCAAACAAAUGACUUGAUUUCCUUCAAUUAAGGCUACAGCUGGUCCAGAAAUGCUUUUUUUAAAGAGCACCCACUGAUUAACAGAAGAGCUAAUCAACCUCUUAUUACAGAAAAAGUGGUUAUUUUUGCAGCCUUCGUGCACUAAAACAGAACAAAUCCUAGUGUAUUUCCUGUCACCCACAUCAUGCCCUGCUCCAUGCAUCAGGCAGGAACACUGAACCCAGCACAGCAUGGAGCUGGCAGUUUGUGGACUGAAGGAGGUGAGGGACACAGGGCAUUUCCUCUCAUGCUCAGCCGCCUGACCUUGCAGCAGCCCCACAGUGUAUCUUUUGCAGUCCUGGCUAUUUGACAGGCAAGGGGCAAAGCCAAGGGCUUGAGAGGAAGCGUUGACUGGAGUGGGUUGUGAGUGCCGGGUGCGUUUCCCAAGGAAGAGCCCAGGAAGGCAGAGUGGUUUCAGAGCAGAUGCCCCCACAGGAGCUCACCACAUUCACAGGCAUCCAAGGUUCUUGUUGCUUGCAUUGCUAUGAGAGUGAAUGUUGACUGAGCGGCUCAUCCCAAUAUUAACAUGUUUGUUUGCUCUGUAGCUACCUGGAAGGAUUUCUCUCCCUUCCUAUGGAUAAACAUUGCAUACCAGAAUUUCAUUAGCAGAGCUGAUCUCUGCAAGCGGGUGUCAGAGUAUCCCCUCCCUGUGCCUUUAGAGUCACCUCUAGGUUUUUUUAGAUCGAAUAGACUUUCCAAUUUCAUAUGACUGAAUAAUUUUAAGUAAUGCUGCAGCAAAGACAAGGCAGGAAUAUAAGGGAAUAAUCUCUUGUUUUUUCAAUAGGGUAUUUCCUUUAUAUUUAAGUGAGAUUCAAAACAUCUGUUUUAGUGACUGCAGACUGAGAGAUGCUCAUCCAAAUGACUGUACCUUACAACUUUAUUGAUGUUGUAAUCUGAAACCAAGCAUUGUCACUUUUUCUUCCACUUUAAGUUACUAUGCUAGAUGUAUGUUUUUAAAUCAGUUAAUAAAACAGUAAUUGUAUGAUGAGUUAA